CAUGUUUACAUUGUUUAUCCAGAGGGAGGCAGCAGAAGAAACGGAUGCGUAAAACCUCGAAGAAGAAGAAGACGACACUUGAGGACUCUGACGUCAUCACGCACAACGUGCAGCACUGAAGCAACAUGGCUCUGAAUGGAGAUGAUAAGGACUUUGAUUGGGAGCCUCCAACAGAGUCAGAAAUGAAGGUGAUCCAGGCUCGCAGGGAGCGACAAGACAAAAUCAGCAAGCUGAUGGGAGGCUACCUGCUCAAAGGAUACAGGAUGCUGGGGGACUGCUGUGAUGUGUGUGGGACAAUUCUUCUCCAGGACAAACAGCAGAAAAUCUACUGUGUCUCAUGUCAGGAGCUGGACUCUGAUGUGGAUAAGGAUAACCCUGCUCUGAAUGCUCAGGCUGCUUUGUCCCAGGUGAGAGAGAGACAGCUUGCAGCCCAGGCCGCUGCCCCGCCCCAGGCCCCUGAACUCAAUGAAGGCCCCAGCAGCAGUCAGGCCACUGUGUCAGUCGCUCAGCCCAGACCAGAGCACUGUGAGGGCGCUGCUGCGGGGGGAAGAGCUCUCCUGCCUCCACCUGCUGUCCCUUCUCCUACAACUCCUGCCCCCGCACCAGCCCUGAUACCUCCUCGAGCCCCAGUCAGUCCACAGAGCCCUGUUAUCCCACCAUUGUUGCAAGAGGCAGAGGAAGCUGUUCUUAUCAAACUACGCUGGGCCACUAACCAGCUACAGAGUUCGGCCUCCCUGGAAACAAGUAUCCAGCUGUGCAGCCUCAUCGCCAGCUGUGCCAACUCGCUGCGCAGCCUCAAGGAGCUCAGCCAGUAAGCGUCAUGGAGAUGGUUGUAACCCUGGAUUCACAGGAUCGCUCUUUCUACUUGCCUCUAUCCAGGAAUACUGACUCUGGAUCGCUGCUUUGCGGCAUCUCUCUUGACUGAAUCCUUGCAUAGCGCUGAAUUCAAAAUUGGUCAGGAAAUGCACUUGAAAUAGGAUUAAAUGUCAACAGCUCACAUGUUGCUCAUGAGUUUACAUACCUUUAUGGCUGGCAGAAAUCUCAUGUUACAUUGUUUCGAUAUUUGUUUGAGUACAAAUGUUUUUAACAUUUGUAAGUUAUAUGAUAGGGACUGAACAGUUCUAGUUACAUGACUUUUCUAAUUGAUUAUUCUAAAGUACCCAAAAAGUAAUGUUUCUUUUGCAAAUCAGAAAAUAAAGAAAACAGUGAGUGGAAGUCUGUAUAAUUGUGUGUCUGCACAAUUACCAAGAGUGUGAUGUGCUGAUAAACAACAUACUACCAGACUAAGUCAUGAUCACAAGUCGGUCCUCUGAUUAGAGGUGCAUUUUUCUAUUUACUGUUCAGAGUGAUUUCUGUUAUGUUUGACCCUCUGGUGAGGCAAUGAUUUUCAUUGUGUGCAGGCAGUUCUGAGGUUUUUAUUGUAAAUAUAUUUGAUAUAUGAUGGUGGUGAUGGUCACGUGAUUCAGUGAUGCUCAGAUGAGACGUUCAGGAGUUGGACUCACAAUUCUUUUUUUCAUUGCAACCAUCUCGAGCAAAUAAACUGUGCAUUGUACAUCUAUAGACAGCACUUCAUAUUAGAUAAAAGCCAGCUUCAGUGUUGUUCAAGGCGGAUAAAGUUUUCUAAUUUACCUUGAAUAAAGCUUUGCCUGAAAAGGA